CAAUAAAUUACAGAGAGGUGAUUUAAAAUGCUCCUAGGCCUGGAUUAGGAUUUUGUUUCGGUUGAAAUUGGUCUGUCCACCGUGGAUACCUACCGCUGAACUCCUCGCCACCUGGAUUGCCAAUGUACUUGAGGUGAUCCAGCUGGGCCCAGCCCGAACCAAAUAUCCGGCCCACCCGGCCUGUUGGUACACCGUACACACUUCUUAAUAAAACUGAGAAAGGAGUGUGGCAGAGGAGCAAAACGGAUAAAGAAAAGAGCAGAGACAAAAAACAAUGGCAGCAGGAGCUGGAACCGGCGGAGGGACGACGGCAGGGGUGAAAGCCGUGGCUAUCAUCGCCGGAGACCCUAAAGUUAGAGGCUUUAUUCAGUUUAUCCAACAACCCACUGGUGCUACCCUUGUGGCUGGGAAGAUAACAGGACUAUCUCCUGGCUUCCAUGGCUUCCAUAUCCACGCUCUCGGGGACACCACCAAUGGCUGCAAUUCGACUGGACCUCACUUCAAUCCAUUAAAGAGGAGCCAUGGAUCUCCAUGGGACCAUGAACGUCAUGCUGGUGAUCUGGGGAACAUCCUGGCUAAUGAAAAUGGAGUUGCUGAAAUUUCAAUCGAAGACACCCAGAUACCACUGGCCGGACCGAAUUCGAUAUUAGGGAGGGCUGUUGUUGUGCAUGCUGAUCCUGACGAUCUGGGAAAAGGUGGACAUGAGCUUAGCAAGGCUACUGGAAAUGCUGGUGCAAGAGUUGGUUGUGGCAUCAUCGGCCUUCAAUCUUCUGUAUAGAUCCGACUCUACGCGACGUAAAAGUACCAAAGGGAGAAGCUGCUGCAACAACAAACUUCCUCUGGAAUGAAAUGUGUAAUAUUAACAACAGCAAAAAUGAGUGUUAGGACCUUGAUCUGGCCCUAUAUGCUUUUACAACUUCAUGUAUAAGCUUGCUAGAUAUGUCAAUUAUAUGGUUAUGCUGAUUCUUUAAAGGGUAGAAGACUGAGACCUAUUAUGGGACAUGCAAUGCAUUACAAAUGUAUGAUCAUUACGCUUCAACCGUUGCAAGCAGGUAAUUGGCUAGAGAGGCGUUAACCAGCCUGAAUCAGUGCACAUACUGACAUACAUAUGAAUAUGAUAAAUCAUAAUCCAGAAAGGAACAUCCAUUUCCAUAAACACCAACGUUUAAC